GCCCGUCUGACUCACUCGCUCUAAUCCCUCUGGAGGAGAAGUCAGGACACAAACAGACUUGAGGAGCGAGUCCAGCCGGACGGGACAGGGAGCGGCGUAGAGCCGGAGCGGCGAGCCUGAGCCCGAAGGGAGGGAGAUGAAGGAAUCGAGCCCUUUGCGGGCGCUGUUCGGUGCCAUCCUCGCUGCCUCGGUGGUUUUAGCUGUGACGGGUGACUUCUGUGAUGUGAACCACUGUGAGAACGGGGGUACCUGCCUGACUGGUAGCAAUGAGACUCCAUUCUUCUGUAUCUGCCCUGAAGGUUUCACUGGGAUUGACUGCAAUGACACAGAGAAAGGCCCCUGCCACCCUAAUCCCUGCCACAACAAUGGCGAGUGCCAGCUGGUGCCCAACCGGGGCGAUGUCUUUAUGGAAUAUGUCUGCAAGUGCCCUGCGGGGUAUGCAGGCACCCACUGCCAAAAGAACGUGAACGAGUGCUCCUCACAGCCAUGCAAAAAUGGAGGCACCUGCCUAGACCUGAACGGCGACUAUGCCUGCAAAUGCCCCUCUCUAUUCAUGGGGAAGACCUGCCAUGUCCGCUGUGCUGUUUUGCUGGGCAUGGAGGGAAGGGCCAUUGCAGAUGCCCAGCUCUCGGCCUCAUCUGUGUACUAUGGGUUCCUAGGCCUGCAGCGCUGGGGUCCUGAGCUGGCCCGACUCAACAACAAUGGAAUCGUCAAUGCCUGGACCUCCAGCAACUAUGACAAGAGCCCCUGGAUUCAGGUAAACCUGCUGAGGAAGAUGCGGCUGAUAGGGAUCAUCACGCAGGGUGCCCGCCGUGCGGGCUGGGCCGAGUACGUCCACUCCUUCAAAGUAGCGCACAGCCAGGAUGGUCGUGUGUUUGUGUUCUUCAGGGACGAGAACCAGGAUCGAGACAAGGUUUUCCUGGGGAACACGAAUAAUGACGGCAUGCAGUCCAACAUGUUCAAUCCUCCAAUCACAGCCCAGUACAUCCGCAUCUACCCUGUGAUGUGUCACAGGGCCUGCACGCUGCGCUUUGAGCUGGUUGGCUGCGAAUUGAAUGUGUAUUUCAACACGGCAGGUUGUUCGGAGCCGCUGGGCAUGAAAUCCCGCCUGAUCUCUGACCAGCAGAUCACAGCCUCUAGCGUUUAUAAGACAUGGGGCAUUGAUGGCUUCACCUGGUACCCACAUUACGCGCGCCUGGAUAAGACAGGCAAGACCAAUGCCUGGACUGCACUCAACAACGACCAGUCUGAGUGGCUGCAGAUCGACCUGCUGACUCAGAAGAAGGUGACCGGCGUCGUCACCCAAGGGGCUCGGGAUUUUGGGCACAUUCAGUAUGUGGCGGCCUACAAAGUGGCUUACAGUGAUGAUGGGACGUCCUGGACCGUUUACAAGGACAACAAGACAAACAGCAGCAAGAUCUUCCAAGGAAACUAUGACAACACCUCUCACAAGAAGAAUGUGUUCGAUGUGCCCUUCUACGCCCGCUUUGUGCGCAUCCUGCCUGUGGCGUGGCACAACCGCAUCACGCUGCGCAUGGAGCUGCUGGGCUGCGAUGAGUAGUCUGCUGGGGACGGCAGCGUGGAAGGCAAGGACUGGGCUGCCGCCCCCCAGCCUCCCACUCCUGGCCUUUCCCCUGCACGCCUGCUGCUGUAACAUCCCCCUCUCUGUGUCUCACCCACGCUGCCCCACGACAUCUGUGUCUGGUUCCUGGUCUGGCAGUGGGGAGGGCUGGAGAGGGGCAGUGAGUGCAUGACUGUAGCUGAAGCUGAUAGAAAUCUUAUGGGAGGGCUCUGGGUCCCCCUCGCCUUUGCUUUAGAAGAGCAUGUGACGGCCCCGCAUUGGUGAGGCUACCGUACUUGCACUAACACGCAGAGGCCCCUGGAGCUCUCUGGGCCCACAGCUCUGCACUUUAGGGGGCUGUCCCAGAUGAGGGGCUCUUGCCCUCUGAGCCCCUCCUGUUGGUCCAGGUGUUUUCCAUCCAGGCCCUUACGGGGCUCUCUGCAAACAGGCCCUAGCAACCUCCAUCAGAUCUUGAAAACUACUCCCCCUUUUAGCUCUGCUUCCACUGAAGGGCCCUUAGCAAUCGAGAGCUCUUCUGUCUCCAUCACCUUCAGCGUUCAGGGGAGCCUUUGAGUGAGAUGCCCUGGAGAUGGGGCAGGCCUCUCCACUCAUGGCCUCUAUCUCUCAAGCAAAGGCAGGUAGCUGGCUUCCCCCGACGUGUGUCGAGGGGAGAGGGAGCUUCCAGUUCUUUGGCUCCUAAAGUCAUUCAGAAGGGCCCUUGGAAAGAAUCUGUUGCCCCUGAGUGCACCAAUCACUGCCUCCUUGCAGGCCACUGCUUGGCAGCGAUGUUGCUGUCAGUUCAGCAUAGUGCCAAGGGAGUGAUGAGAAGGGGCGGGGGCA